UAAAUAACACAUACAGCAAUUUCAUUUCAUAUACUGAUCUCCAAAUAUGGGCUCCAAUGGCGGCGUAAAGCAAUCUGCAGAAGAUCAGGUAGCGGUGGUUAUGGUGCCUUUCCCUCUUCAAGGCCAUCUCAACCAGCUCCUCCACCUCUCCCGCCUCAUCUCCGCCGCCGACGUCCCCGUCCACUACGUUGGCACCACCACCCACAACCGCCAGGCACGGCGGCGGAUCCACGGCUGGGACCCACUUUCCAACCCCAACAACAUCAUCUUCCACGACUUCUCACCCAUCUCAUUCGAAUCUCCGCCGCCGGACACCUCCGCGCCGCCGUCAACCACCCCGUUCCCUUCGCACCACCAGCCGUUGUUCGACGCGCUGUCGGCCCUCCGCCGCCCCGUCAGCCAGCUGCUGCGGCGCCUGUGCGCCGCCAGCCGACGUGUCAUCGUCGUCUACGACUCGCUGAUGGGAUCGGUGGUUCAGGAUUUCAUCGAGUUCCCGAACUCGGAGGCGUACACUUUCCACAGCGUGUCGGCGUACACGAUUUUCUUCUUCCUCUGGGAGAACGUGGGGCGGCCGUUCGCCGUCGACGGCGGAAUCCUGGAGGACUUGCCUUCCAUGGAGGGGUGCUUCACGCCGGAGUUCUUGAAAUUCGUCCGCCGCCAACACGACUACAUGAAGCUGAACUCCGGCCGGAUUUACAACACAUGCAGGGUGGUGGAGGGUCAGUUCAUGGAGAUGUUGGAGAAACCCGAGAUCAGCGGGAACAAGAAACAGUGGGCCCUCGGGCCGUUCAAUCCGGUGGUGUUGGAAUAUUCCGGCGAAUCUAAGAAAGGCCGGCAUAGAUGCUUGAAAUGGCUCGACGGGCAGGCGAAGGAUUCCGUGAUUCUUGUUUCUUUCGGGACGACGACGACUUUGUCGGAGAAACAAAUCAAGGAGCUGGCGGCGGGGCUGGAGAGAUCGGGAAAGAAAUUCAUUUGGGUUCUGAGAGACGCCGACGGCGGCGGCGGCGGCGGCGGAGAGGUUUGUAAAAGAGUUGAGUUCGAGGAGAGAGUUAGAGAGAGAGGGAUUGUAGUGAGAGAAUGGGCGCCGCAGUUGGAGAUAUUGGGACACUCUUCCACCGGCGGAUUUAUGAGCCACUGCGGCUGGAAUUCUUGCAUGGAGAGUAUUUCGAUGGGCGUUCCGAUCGCAGCCUGGCCGAUGCACUCCGAUCAGCCGAGGAACACCGUGCUGAUCACAAAAGUGUUGAAAAUCGGGGUGGUUGUUAAGGAUUGGGGCCGGAGGGAUGAGAUCGUGACGGCGGACGACGUGGAGAAGGCGGUGGGGAGGCUGAUGGGGUCGGAGGAAGGGGAGGAGAUGAGAAGGAGAGCGGCGGAGCUGGGCGGCGCUGUUAGGAAGGCGGCGGGGGAAGGUGGAUUGAGUCGAGUGGAGUUGGAUUCUUUCAUUUCGCAUAUCACUAGAUAGGAUUAUUAUUAUUUUCUUUGUGAUCACCUCAAAUAUUUUGAUAAUUAUAAUUAAAAUGUUUGCUUGGUGGAUUU